CUUAUCCAAAUAACAGCAAUUGGCAGAGCACAUCUCUGACUCUCUCUCUCUCUCUCUCUCUCUCUCUCUCUCUCGCUUUCUCUCUGAAGUCCUUGAGAACUUUCAGCUAAUUGAUAAGGCCCUUUCAUGGAUUUUAGAGAUUAACGAGUGAAUUGAAUGAAAAAGAAACGAGUAGUAUUCGUAGCAGGAGAAGUGGAGGAUGUCUUGUUUACUGCCACAGUUUAAGUGCCAACCAGACAGUUUCUCUAUCCAUUUUAGAACUCACUACCAUCACGGUUCCAACUUUACCCAAUCUUCUGCAAAGAGUAGAGAGCCAAUCUGUUCCCCAGCACAAUGCAUUUUGUCGACCACAUCACCAUCCACAUCCAUUGCAGUGCUUGAUCUGGAGAAGCUGAGAUUACCUUCUUUUGAAGCUCAUUUAGUUUCAUUUACUGCAAUCAGUACAUGGACGUACGCAGGAGCAAUUGGUCCUCCCAAAGAGGCAACCUUUGGAUCUACUUUGGCUACAGAAACACUUAUUACUAGUGAUGAGGCUGUAAUUGCUGCUGCUGCUGCCGAAGCAGUUGCUCUUGCAAGAGCUGCUGCCAAGGUUGCAAAGGAUGCUGCCCUUUUGGUUAAAAGUUUUCCUUGUGCAGAAACUGAAGGUAAACUUGCAAAUCCAUCCACAGCUGAUGCCUUCUCAUCAAGGCGGCCUCCGUUUACUGAAACAGAACUAGCUCGUAUUCUAGGAGAUUCUGUACAAAAUGACACUGGGCAAAGGGAAGAAUAUUCCAUACAAUAUCCCAUCAAAGAAUCCAAUGAUUUAGAGCCAAGUCAUGAAGAGCUUGAACUUCUGCAGAAACAAAUUUCAGAAGGUAUAGCUGUGAGAUCAAGGCGCCAAACAGAAAGAAAAACCAGACGCACAAGAGCAGCUGAAAAGACUGCUGCAAAUGUCAUGCCUGUGAAGUCUAGUUCUACCAGCAAGAAAAAGCGUGCUUCUUUGCAGGAUGUGGACUACUCUGAUCCAUUACAUUACUUGAGAGGAACGGCAAGCACUUCCAGGCUUCUAACUGCUACUGAAGAAUUGGAAUUGUCUGAAGGAAUACAGGACCUACUGAAACUUGAACGGCUCCAGGAGGAGCUUGCAGAGCGUUGUGGAGGUGAGCCCACCUUUGCACAGUGGGCUGCUGCUGCAGGGGUAGAUCUGAAAACUUUAAGGAAGCGCUUAAACCAUGGUAUAUUUUGCAAAGACAAAAUGAUCAAGUCCAACAUACGGCUUGUUAUUUCAAUUGCAAAAAAUUAUCAGGGAGCUGGGAUGAAUCUCCAAGAUCUUGUUCAGGAAGGAUGCCGGGGUCUUGUAAGGGGUGCAGAGAAGUUUGAUGCUUCAAAAGGUUUCAAAUUCUCAACUUAUGCUCAUUGGUGGAUUAAGCUGGCAGUCCGCAAGUCUCUCUCUGAUCAAUCAAGGACAAUACGCCUGCCAUUUCAUAUGGUGCAAGCAACUUACAGAGUGAAGGAGGCUAGAAAGCAAUUGUAUAGUGAAAAUGGAAGACAUCCUAGUGAUGAAGAAAUUGCAGAGGCAGCUGGGCUUUCAAUGAAAAGGCUUAGUGCUGUACUACUCACUCCAAAAGCUCCAAGGUCUCUUGACCAGAAGAUUGGGCUUAACAUGGAUCUUAAACCUUCGGAAGUAAUUGCACAUCCUGAUGCAGAAACAGCAGAAGAUCUGCUAAUGAAGCAAUUUAUGAAGAAGGACUUGGAGAAGGUGCUGGACAGUCUCAGUCCAAGGGAGAAUCAAGUCAUCAGAUGGAGAUUUGGAUUGGAGGAUGGAAGGAUGAAAACAUUACAAGAGAUAGGGGAGAUGUUGGGUGUGUGCAGGGAGAGAAUACGGCAAAUUGAGUCGAGCGCAUUUCGAAAACUGAAGAAUAAGAAGAGGACCAAACAAUUGAAGCAGUAUUUAGUUUAGUGAAAUAGGAACUACAGUGCUGAAGCUCCAGGUAGCUUGCCUGAGGCUCUUGUGUAUUUAUUUCUUCAUUUUUCUUUCUCCAGCAAUUGAAAUGUCUACUUUUAUAUUCUUCUUCAGAAUUUUAGAGAAUAGAUAUGCAUAGGGACAAAAAUUUUGAAUUAAGCAAAUUUCCAUUUUCUGAGGUACCAAAGGCAAAAUACUUUGAAGCAAUUGAA